AUGACGGGUACAAUGUCUUUUUUUGUUGUUUGUUGUUACUCUCUUGCCGCUCAUUGUUGCUGUUCACAAACACCUCACCUAUGCAGCUACGGUAGCUUCGAUAUGGUACAGGAAAUCGCCACUUAUCUGCUGGACCGCACGCGCAUCCGUCCCCAGUGCGGGAUCAUAUGCGGCUCGGGGCUGGGCUGCCUGGCCGAACAGCUGACCGACGUGGAUAGCUUCGACUAUGGGACGAUCCCACACUUCCCCGUCUCGACCGUACCCGGACACGUGGGACGGCUUGUGUUUGGCUAUCUGGCCGGCGUGCCCGUCCUUUGUAUGCAGGGCCGGUUCCACUACUACGAGGGAUACUCGUUGGCAAAGUGUUCUAUGCCCGUGCGUGUAAUGCGACUCGUCGGUUGUACGCAUCUGAUCGCUACCAAUGCGGCCGGUGCCAUUAACAACAACUUUCACGUCGGAGACAUUAUGCUGAUCAAGGAUCACAUCAAUCUGAUGGGUUUUGCCGGUAACUGUCCACUCCUCGGUCCGAACGAUGAUCGGUUUGGGCCACGGUUUCUCGGGAUGGCAAAAGCGUACGAACCGACCCUGCUGCAGGUAGCGAAAGACGUCGCUAAGCAUGUACCAGGACUGGAAAGUAUCUUACGGGAAGGUGUGUACUGUUGUGUCGGUGGACCCAACUUUGAGACGGUGGCCGAGGGACGAUUGUUAUCGUUGGUGGGCGUUGAUGCGAUCGGUAUGUCGACCGUGCACGAGAUCAUUACGGCACGGCACUGUGGGAUGACCUGCUUCGCCUUCAGCUUGAUCACCAACAUGUGCACGAUGAGCUACGACGAGGAGGAGGAACACUGUCACGAAACGUUUGUGGAUGUUGGGCGCCAGUUGGAAGGACGAAUCUGUGAUUUGGUUACGCGAGUCGUUGCCACCAUUCGGUCGGAGUCUAAUGGAAGGAAGGAAUAG